UCGUCAGUGCUUUCCGGGUAACACACGCACAAUGCUGCAUCUCAUCGUUCUCCUAGUUGCCCUAUCUUCAGCAGUCACAGCCGGACGCCCGCGACGUGCGCUCGAUGGACUAGACGGAAGCGGAUUUGGAUUCGACAAGAGAGCUCUUAACUCGUUGGACGGUGCUGGAUUCGGUUUCGAGAAGCGUGCACUGAAUUCCCUGGACGGCCAAGGUUUCGGAUUUGAGAAGCGUGCUUUGGAUGGUCUUGAUGGAGCUGGUUUUGGAUUUGAUAAAAGAGCUCUUAACUCUUUGGACGGGGCAGGCUUCGGAUUCGAGAAGCGAGCUCUUGACGGUCUAGAUGGUUCUGGAUUCGGUUUUGAUAAAAGAGCCCUCAACUCUUUAGACGGAGCCGGAUUUGGCUUUGAGAAAAGAGCUCUCAACUCAUUGGACGGAGCUGGUUUCGGAUUUGAGAAGCGUGCUCUCGACGGACUGGACGGUGCUGGAUUUGGAUUCGACAAGAGAGCCCUGAACUCUCUCGACGGAGCCGGAUUUGGAUUCGAGAAGCGUGCCCUCGACGGUCUUGACGGAGCUGGAUUCGGUUUUGACAAGCGGGCGUUGAACUCAUUGGACGGAAAUGGAUUCGGAUUUGACAAGAGGACGUUUAAGCACUCGUCCAACAAACUGCGUUCAGUGUUCCGGAACUUAAAAGGGUUCAAGCAGCAUUAGUUGAGGAAAUGACUUGAUUUCUAAAAACAAAAACAGAAACCGAUCUCUUUUCUUUUGUCGUAAUUUAUUUUCAAUCCCACUCCCCCACCCUUGUUUCCUUCUGUGUUCUCUCUAUUUUUACAUUUUACUUUGUAUUCUCUCCACCCAGUUGAUCUGAACAAAAAUUCUAAAUUCGGAAGUUCUUACAAAAUAACAAGCAAGUUAUCCCAUUCCAUUUUCUAAACUCCAGACAAACACACCCUUCCCCCAAACUCUGUCUUUACAAUUUUUAUUUCAAAAAAAACCAGCUUGAGCGUCAGAAUAAAUGAUUCCAUUUGU